AUGACUUCAACCGAGCCCCAAACCACGUCCCUCGCGGAACUCAACCGCGACUUCUGGGAGUUUGUCAAACCCCUUCCCAUGCUCUCUAACGUUUUCCUACCCAGUGCCAAUGCCGAUACCUUCUUUGAACAAGACUGGCUCAAGGCCUUCGCCGAGCAACUCACCCGCUUCCUCCGCACCCAGGGCCCGAAUCUAGGUUUCCGACCACGUGACCUAGCCAACCCGGUUCGUCUUCUGGACUACGCAUGCGCAUAUGGCGGUGCGUCCUGGGCCCUCGCCCCCUUCGUCGAUGAGAUCUUGGGUAUCGACAUCGCCCCCGCCAUUGUGGAUCGCUUCAACAACUGCGCCGCCCAGCUGGGGUACUCGCCGGCCCAAGCCCACGCCGUCGCGGGGGAUCUGACGACGGACGGCUCGCUAGCCGUCGAGGGAGGGUUUGAUGUGGUCAUCAUAUCCAUGGCGUUGCAUCACCUCGAUGAUCCGAGGGGGAUGUUGGAGCUGCUUGCGCGGCGGGUAAAGCCUGGGGGUGUGCUGAUUGCCGUGGAGGGUGUGAACGCCAUCGAGACGGGGAUGGGGGUGAGAGAUGAGGACGUCCAUCAGCAGUUUGCGCACGAGGUCCUUAAGACUACCAACCGGCACGUCGAGUUCAGCGAGGAGCUGUUUAGGGGGUGGUUCGAGGGGGUCGGGUGUGACGCGGAAAGAUUCGUGUAUAUUGAGAACGAGGAGGUCAGUCACUUCCCGGAGAAUAUCGUUGGGAAACCCGGGGGGCUUAAUAGGAGGAUGGUCAUUGCUGCUUCGGUGAGGAGGUUUUGGCCUCGUGCAUAG